GGGGCCGGCGCGCGCACGAGCAGACGCAGCGCGGGCUCGUGGAGUGAGGGCUGAGGGAUACACCUGUUUCUAAUUUUUGGAAGUAAUUACUAUGACAUCACAAACCCACAUGCCUUUUGAGAACGCAAGCCACAGCUGCUACAGCCUGAAGUAUUUGAAAACUUUUGAAAUACAGCGUGUCUGACAAAGUUCAGUUUUUGUGUGAAUGAAAGUUUUGAGGUGCUGUUUUUCAACCCUAAUCUUUUCAACAAGAAUGAAACUAUUUAAAAAUUAAGAUGCCAACAGAUCACGAGGAGCCCUGUGGUCCCAGUCACAGGUCAUUUUGCCUGAAUGGGGGGAUUUGUUAUGUGAUACCUACUAUUGCCAGCCCAUUUUGUAGGUGCGUUGAAAAUUACACAGGAGCACGUUGUGAAGAAAUUUUUCUCCCAAGUGCCAGCAUCCAAACCAAAAGUAACCUGCUUGUAGCUUUUGUGGCAUUGGCUGUUCUGGUCACCCUCACCAUUGCAGCUCUCUACUUCCUUUGCAGGAAGGGCCACCUCCAGAGGACUAGCUCAGUCCAGUGUGAUGUCAGCCUGGGAGAGAUGAGCAGGACCAAUGCCCACCACAGUCAUGGAGGAUACUGAAGAAACAGUGUGAACUACAGCAGUUUUCACCUAACAACAGUAGAAAGUGAAAUACCAUAAGCAUUAAUCCACCUAAACUGAAAAUCAAGUUUAUCUCCUGACAUCGCAUGAUUUCCCAUGGAAAGAAUUUAAAGUCUUCUGUUCCCA